CUCGCCGAAGGCUUCCCGGACUUCCCUGCACCUCCUCAUAUAAAAAACGCAGCCGUUUCCGCUAUUAAUUCCGACUUUAACCAGUACAGAAUUGUACCAGACCAUAAGGAAGAAAAUAGAGUUGAAUUAUGCCCACAUUACUGAAUUGCAAGAGAGAGAGAGAGAGAGAGAGAGAGAGGGAAGGUGCCACUUAACAUCAUUUCAAGUUGGAAUUUCAUUUUAUUUUAAAAUUAGUUGAACUAUUGCAAUGUAAGGCAUGUGCAGGGAAUAUGUGACCACUUAGCAAUUAUGGCGAAGAAAAUGCAUGGGUUAGACGUCGACCCUCUUACUGAUAUAGCUAUUUGCUGUGGCCAAACUGAGGCAUUUGCAGCAGCAGUGUUUGCAAUAAUCGAUCAAGGUGAUGAAGUUAUACUUUUUGACCCAUCGUAUGAGACAUAUGAAGGAUGUAUUACCAUGGCCAGGGGAAUCCCGGUGUUUGUGGCACUUGACCCUCCUCAUUGGACCUUAGAUCCAAACAAACUCAUGCAAUCUAUUACUGGGAGAACGAAAGCUAUUGUGCUGAACAGUCCACAGAAUCCAACAGGAAAAGUUUUCACUAAAGAUGCACUUGAAACUAUUGCUGAAGUAUGCUGCAGAAGGGACUGCUUAGCUAUUACAGAUGAAGUAUAUGAACAUAUAACAUUUGACAAUGAGAAACACAUAUCCCUCGCCUCAUUCACAGGAAUGCAAGAGCGGACUAUAAUUACAUCGUCCUUAUCAAAAACUUUUUGUGUUACAGGUUGGAGGGUUGGAUGGGCAAUUGCUCCGGCUGUCAUUGCCUCGGCAAUCAAAAACAUUCAUGUUAAAAUUACAGAUUCUGCUCCAGCACCUUUCCAGGAAGCUGCCUUGACUGCUUUGAGAAGCCCUCCAGAAUACUUUGAAUCAUUGAGAAGAGAUUAUGAAUUGAAAAGAGAUUACAUUGUCAAGUUCCUUGCUGGGGUUGGUUUCAAGAUUCAGUUUAAGCCACAGGGUUCAUUCUUUUUAUUUGCAGAGAUUCCUGAAAGUUGCCCCCUAUCUGAUGUAGAAUACGUCACAGAAUUGAUAAAGCAGGCAGGGGUGGUGGCUGUUCCAGGCCGUGGAUUUUUUCAUAAGAAGAAUUUUUCUCAGGAAGAUUGUAGCUAUCAGAAUAGAUACAUCAGGUUUGCUUUCUGUAAGAGUGAUGCCACUUUAGCUGCUGCUGCACAGAAACUUGGUGAGCUUUCGGAGGCUUCAGGGUGUCUCAAGUUUCAUUCUUUUGAUUGAAAGGAUGCCUGAUAUUUGGUGGGUUUUAAUUGAGGCUAUAUAAAUGUGACUCCAAUUUUUUGUAUUAAUCAAUUGGUAUUCAGCAAAAAGCAUUAGAUAU